GACAGGUCCCGGCUGGGUUGUCUCCCAGGCAGCUGCCCCCAGAAAACCAUGGACUCCACAGGAUAUAUGGGAGCCCAUUUAGCUUUUAAGUCCCGCUGGCAUAAGACGGAUGAGGAACUCUGUCGGCAUAGCAUGUCCUUCGUCCUCCACAAGGCUAUUCGGAAUGAUUUUUUCCAGAGUUAUCUCUACCUGCUAGAGAAGCUGCCUCUGGUCAAACUUUAUGCUCUGACCAGUGAAGUCAUCAAUGGCAAAAUGCAAUUCUAUGCCAGAGCCAAGCAUUUCUACAGCGAGGUGCCAGCAUCAGAAGAAGGCAUGAUGGGAGACUUCAUUGAGUUAUCCGGCACAGACGUUGCGUCCUCCAGAGAAUUCCUUAGGAAUCUUGUAGGGGGUCCCGGCAAAGCUGGCACUGACUCUGCCCUUGACUGUGGUUCAGGUAUUGGUCGGGUCAGCAAACAUGUCCUCCUUCCUUUCUUCAAGAGUGUAGAGCUGGUGGACAUGAUGGAGAAUUUUCUGGCAGAAGCCCAGAACUAUCUGGGUGGAUACAAGAGAAAAGUUGACAUGUAUUAUUGCUGUGGUCUCCAGGAUUUCACACCAGCGCCUGGAAAGUACGAUGUCAUCUGGAUUCAGUGGGUUUCAGGGAACCUGACAGAUAAGGACUUGCUAGGGUUUCUUAUCCGCUGCCAGAAUGGCCUGAAGGAGAAUGGGAUCAUCGUCCUCAAGGACAACGUGGCUCGCCAGGGCUGCGUCCUGGAUCAAAUGGACAGCAGCGUGAUCCGGGAUCUGAACAUCCUCAGCAACCUGAUUGAAAAGAGUGGACUCACCAUCCUGAGGCAGCAGAGACAAGAGGGUUUUCCUGAGACGUGUGUGCCUGUCUGGAUGAUAGCCAUGCAGAAGAAUCCCACACCUGCCAGAAAUGGGGAGGCUGAAACGGGUCUGGAACUCAACGAUUUCGAGUCACGAGAGAGAGAGAACGAAGCGGCACCUGGUAAACCCCGUUAA